AGAUUCUGCCCUGGACCUGAAAUGGUCACCAGGCUCUUCUUCUGGGUGGCUCUUUGUCUCCUGUGGGCAGGAAACAUGGAUGCCGAAGUUACCCAGAGCCCAAGAUACAAGGUUGCGGGGACAGACAAGAAUGUGACACUGAGUUGUCACCAGACUAAUAACCACAACGUUAUGUACUGGUAUCGCCAAGACCUGAACCAUGAGCUGACGCUGAUCUAUUACUCAGUUGGUGCUGGGAUCACUGCCAAAGGAGAUGGUGCUGAUGGGUACAGUGCCUCUAGAUCAAAUACAGAGAACUUUGCCCUCACACUGGAGUCAGCGACACCCUCCCAGACAUCUGUGUACUUCUGUGCCAGCAGUGAAUACACAGCAUUGCAGGGCCACCUCCUCUCUGCACAAAAAGGCAGGGAGAGGCCCUGCACCCUGGACUUAGGGGAGCCCUAAACAAACUUCACACCAUGGAGCC